AUUUUCCUUUUUAUAGCCAUGGAAAUGUGAUUUGUGUGUGUGUGUCAUUCUAAUAUAUAGAUCAAAAGCCUCAUAAACUGAAAGCAAACAAAACCAGUAUAAAUACCUAUAUAGUGAUAUCUAUAUAACCAAGUGCAAAAGAGUAUUGCAGAUAACUGCUUCAACACGGGUCAACGUUUGAGAGAAGUGAGAGCCAAAGGGCCAGACAACAAAAUGAUCUACAUAGAUGAUUCAGAGCCGGAAGGUGUACUCGAGCCAGCUUUUCCUAUGCGCGAUGUGACCAUAAACCGUAAUGUGGAUGCCCAUAAACUGUAUGAUGUACUGGGUGAGGUUGGACGUGGAAAAUUUGGUACAGUCUACAAGUGUCGAGAUAAAACAAAUGGCUUACAAUUGGCAGCCAAAUUUGUGCCAAUACCCAAGAGGGAGGACAAAAGGAAUGUGGAACGGGAGGUGGAAAUAAUGAAUUCAUUGCAACAUCAUCUCAUUAUACAAUUGUAUGCGGCAUACGAAUAUCAGAAAAUGAUGUGCGUCGUUCUUGAACUUAUUGAAGGUGGCGAACUCUUUGAUCGAGUGGUCGACGAUGAAUUUGUAUUGACCGAACGCGUUUGUCGCGUUUUCAUACGCCAAUUAUGCGAAGCCAUGGCUUUUAUUCAUGGCAAUGGCAUUGUCCACUUGGAUUUAAAACCAGAGAAUAUAUUAGUCCUCACACAAAAAGGAAAUCGCAUCAAAAUUAUCGAUUUCGGUUUGGCACGCAAAUUUGAUCCCGAUAAGCGUCUAAGGGUACUCUUCGGUACACCAGAGUUUGUGGCACCAGAAGUUGUUAACUUUGACUGCAUCUCAUAUGGCACAGAUAUGUGGAGUGUUGGUGUUAUAUGCUAUGUGCUCAUCUCAGGUUUGUCGCCAUUCAUGGGCGAGAACGACAUUGAAACAAUGUCAAAUGUAACCAUUGCUAAAUACGAUUUUGAGGAUGAAUGCUUUAAUGGCAUAUCCCCGGAGUGUCUGGAUUUCAUAGCCAAGCUGCUGGUAAAAGACUUGAGCACACGAAUGACUGCCGCCCAGUGUGUGGAACACAAAUGGCUCCAACAGCGCCCAGCUGCAGGAACUGGAGUCACGCCCUUUGCCAAAGCAGGUGUCUCGAGUUCAGCAUCGAAAACUCGCUUGAAAUCAGAAUCACCAGCCACAACAGUUGCCUCCGAGUCAUCAGAGGAUUCCACAGAAACAAUUGAAGAUGCCGAGGAUGAGGAUGAUGUGGAGGAUGAGGAGGUGGCAAAUGUAACCACAGAGCAUGACGAUGAGCUAGCUAACUUGGACAGCUCUGUAUUAGAGAACAAAGAACUUGAUGCCACAAAAGAUAAUCUUAAGAAUUUCAUUGUACGCUGGGAAACGCAUCCAAAUAGUCCGUACGUCUUUGAUGUGGAAGGCAAUGUGAUUGCCCCAUUGAGUGAGACCAGUUAUCCGCAUCCGCGACGCACACACGGGCCGGAUAGCAUGUCCUCAUCCCGAGUUUGUUCGCCAUCGCCAUGCGAGUCUAUAGCCACCCUGACCGAUGAUGAGAAAGGAGAUGAUGAGGAAGAUGAAUUGCGCCUACCUGAAGAUGUUGAGACACGCAGUGCCGACAACGAUAGUCCCAAUUCAGUAUCCACACCCAUCAAUGAGUCCAGGGAGAAACUCUUCCCCAUGGUUGGAAGUUCGGGAUCGGCCACGCCCACCCCGCAACAUCUAUUUAAUGAGAAUUUCGAUGAGUUCUCGGGCAGCGAGACAACGGCCCAACAACAACGUAGCAUGAAGAGCUAUCUACAUACAUUCGAUCGAAGAAAUUCGGAUACAACUUAUCUACUGGGUCGCCGUAGCUCCGGGGAGCGUGUUAAUCUGGCGGAUGAGAUUAAGAAACUAUCAGAUCAUUUACUAAUGCUAGCCGAGAUCAAUACAAAACUUGGAGAUGCCAAUAAUAAUAAGAAUACUUCAGUAGCAGAGGCAACGACAAAGGGAACAGAAACGACAGGAGCAGGGGCAGGAGCAGGAGCUGGUAGUAGUAACACAAGAUCUACGGAAAUCAGUAAAGAUGGCAAUAAAUGGACUAGCAAAUCUUCGAGUAGCACCAGUUCGAGUCGUUUCACACCACGCGGUGGCAUUCUCAAUAGCUCCAGUACAAGUAGUCAGAGUCAAACUCAUUAUGAUGAUGGGGCAGGUAAAAAGAAGUCCAGUUCGAUAUCCAUGCGUUUGCAGCAAUCCAUUGAGGAGACACCCAAGCUAAGCAAUGGCAAGGAUAGCAGCAUCACCUCCAGUUGGACAAGCAAAUCUCAAGUGCAAACACAGCGCAGUAUAUCCUCAGUGAGCACCAUGAGCACCUCCAAUAUCAGAAGCACCAGCUCCAAAGUUACCUCCAGCAGCAGCAAUAGCAACAGUCAACAACAACAACAACACCAAUUCUCCUCAACAUCCGUGGCCGAAUCGGCCAGCAGUCGAAGGGCUAAGUUCAGAAUCAAUCAAAUGAGCCGAGAUGUACCCAUUGGCCUGCCCGACACACAUCAGACGGUGAAUCUGGAGGAGGCAGCCAAUACGACCAAAGAUUGUCUGCUCCAUCUGCUCGAAAAGUACAAUGAGACUCGUAUACGUAAUCCAGUCGGAAGACAUCAGAGCAUCAGUGUCGAUUGGCAUGUUAGUGACAAUUUGGAAUAUCGUUCCAUGAGCUCCAUCAAUGCCUUUUUCCAGCGUCACAAUAAUACGGGAGGUGGACAGAAUGUUAAGCACAUACAAGCUCAGCUGGAGGAGAAGGCAACGGGGAAAUAGUGGCCAUGAAAGGGGCGAGAGACCAUAAAUGUGUAUAUAUACUUACUAUAUCUAUAUGUAUGUGUGUGUAUAAGAAACUCUGAUCAACUAAUACAAAGAUAAACUUGGCUAGUUAAUGACAAAGAUUAGUUUAAAUUACCAAAGAAUAAAAACUAAAUUCGGUACUCCGAAGUUUUUAAUACCCUUGCAGGGCUUUGAUCUGGAAACGUAUGUUUUUCUAUACUUCUUGAAAAAAAAGCCAAUAAAUUUUUUAGCUGAAUGCAAUUCAGUGUAAUUGAAAAAUAUUUGAACUAAGGUGAAAAUGGACUUUAAUUAAAUGAAAGUGUCUGAAAAACCAAAGAUUUAUGUUAUAUUAGUUCUAUCUGAGCAAUUUGAUCAUAUAUUAUGGAAUAACUAGUAUAUAGAAAUGUGAAUCCUUUGACCUAAUUGUUUCUAUGACAGUUCUAAGAUAUAUUUUCUUGAUUAACAGAGAAAAGUUUAUUAUAAAUCAAACUGACUGAAAGUCUAGUCCAUAAAGAAACAAUUAGACAACUGGUUAGGCUGUUAAUUCCUAUCCAAAAUUAAUAUAUAUACUUUAAGGAAUGAAAAAUGCCCUCAUUUCAUCUAUCUACAAUUCUCUCCGCUGUGCAAGGGUAUGCAAAAAAGU